AGGGCGGCGCCAGGGCCCAGGUAGACUGCCGGGGCCGUCGGCGCGGGGCGGCGGGUCGGGAUGCGGGCCUGCGGCGUCUGCACUUUCGACGCCGCCCGGGGGCCCCGGCGGUUGAUGCGCGUGGGCCUCGCGCUGAUCCUGGUGGGCCACGUGAACCUGCUGCUGGGAGCCGUGCUGCAUGGCACCGUCCUGCGGCACGUGGCCAAUCCGCACGGAGCCGUGACGCCCGAGUAUACCACCGCCAAUAUCAUCUCCGUGGGUUCGGGGCUGCUGAGUGUUUCCGUGGGACUUGUGGCCCUCUUGACUUCCAAGAACCUUCUUCGCCCGCCAUUGCACUGGGCCCUGCUGGCGCUCGCGCUGGUGAACCUGCUCGUGUCUGCCGCCUGCUCCUUGGGUCUCCUCCUGGCCGUGGCGCUCACAGUGGCCAAUGGUGGCAGUCGGCUUCUGGCUGACUGCCACCGGCUACCGCAGGACCAGGGCUCUGGAUACUCUGACUGCCCGUUUGACCCCACGAGAAUCUAUGACACAGCCUUGGCCCUCUGGAUUCCUUCCUUGUUUAUGUCUGCAGCAGAGGCUGCCCUCUCUGGCUACUGCUGCGUGGCUGCACUCACCCUGCGUGGAGUGGGGCCCUGCAGGAAGGAGGAGCUCCAGGGCCAGCUGGAGGAACUGAUGGAGCUUGAACCGCCCAAGUGUAAGAGGCAAGAAAACGUGCAGCUCCUGGAUGGCGGGUUGGAGAGGCCGGUGUCACAGAAAAGCUGGGUCUAGGGCAGGUGCUGUCCCAAGAUCCAGUCAGUCCACAAGGGCUCUUUCUACUGAGCAUGGGGUUCUCAACCCAGGGCGACACAAACCAUAGCAAUAAAAGAGCUUUUCUUCUC